GCUUCUGUAAUUUUUAUUUAGAAUAUGUUCGACAUAUCAAUAAGGAUAUCUUUUUAUUGACUUCAUCUAUUCUAUUGCAUUGCAAUAUAAUUACUUAUUGGUAAAAAUAGAUAAUAUGGGAGAUGAGCAGAACAGUCUAGAAAAUGAUUCAGAAAUUGAGGAGAAAAUGAUGAAUACGAUUCCGCGCAUGCGUGUCAUGUAUCCAGAAGCAAUAACCAAAUCAAUACAAAGAAUAAAUGCUUUUAAAGCAUCCAUCCAUCAGAAACAGGUCUUAGAAUACAAACUGAAAAUUGCAGAAAUGAAGGAUUACACUACUGACACAUCAUCUCUGGAUUAUGCUUUGAACAGAAUGAAAUCUUCAUCGUGGUAUAAAUCGAGAGACCUUGAAUAAAGUUUAAAAGAUAUAAAUGAAAAAUACAAAAAUCUUAGAAAUCACAGAACGACUGAUUUCAUAUCUUAAUAAUUAACAUUUUUAACAGAAAGAGGGUCAUUGGUUAUGUGAUAUCCAUGCUGCACUUUGUGUUGUAUUAUCAGAAUUGAUCGUAUUCAAAAAUACGUUAUUUUGCGUAAUAUCAAUUGAAUUUCAAAGUUGAAGACUCUUUUUAAUAUGGAAUAUAUUGAUGAUAUACAAAAAUAAAUUUGUUUUUUCAACAAUUACAUUUUACUAUGGUGCUGUCACAUUAUCGAUAUAAAAAACUUAGGUUGUUGAAUAUAAUUUUUUUCUAUAAAAGCCACUGCUAAAAUGUUAUAGCACUUCAAUAAUAUUCUAUAGAUUGAAAAAUAAAUUCACAUUUUUCAUCAAUGUUAUCACUGCCUACAGUUAAUGUUGUUAGUUUUUAAACCUUUUUCAUCAUAUUUUCUGGUUGAAUGUACUUAAUUGCUUAUUUUAAAAAAAAAAAAUUGUCAAUAUCGACAAUGUACCGCGUGUAUGUAUGUGUGUAUAUUUUUCAGAUAAAUUGAGGUAAUGUAGCAUAGCAAAUCUAAAUAUGCAUGACGAAUCUAAUACCUCAGCUUGGAUUUGCCCUAAUGAUCGUCAUUUGGCACUCAGAGCUAAGUUGAGGUCAGGAUGGUCGGUAAGAACAAAUCAGUUUGGUCGAACAGAAUCAAAUUCUCUAUCUCAUGAUGAAUUAGAAAAGAUACGAAAUGUAAUAAAUAAAGCAAAAAUGUUGGAAGAAACUGAACAGGAAAGGGUCGGGUCACUCGUGCAUCACUUGAACAUAAUGCGACAGAAUUCAAUGGGAGAUGGUCAAGCAACUUGCAUUCUGUGUGCAGAACAGUUUGGGAAAUUUUCGAGAAAUGCACCAAUCAUUUGUAUGGAUUGUAAGAAGAAAGUCUGCAACAAAUGUUGUGUGGAUUAUGAUACAGGACAACAACAUAUAAAUGGAAAACAAAGUUCUGCUCAGAAUCUAUCUAUGAAUUGGUUAUGUAAGAUCUGCAGUGAAAAUCGAGAACUUUGGAAACGUUCUGGUGCAUGGUUCUUCCAAUCACUUCCAAUAUACAAGUUGCCGAAUUUCAGGCAUUCCGAUGUUGACCAUAUUGAAAGAAGGCCUCAACGACGACCUUAUGUCCCUGAAGUCAUUGAUUCGCCUAAAAUGCAUAGGAAAGAUGUUCUUGCUCUUCCAGAUUCACCGGUUGUGGGUGGCAAAGGGCAUCGUAGGACGGUUUCUGCUGGUUCGACUGGGUCAUUUCAAUGGACUAAGCCAUCAAAGAUUCAUUUGACAAGUAGUUCUGAGUUUGAAGAAAGCUCAUCAGAUGACGAUGGAAUAACUUUAGGAAAAACUAAUAAAUCAUCAAAUAUGCAACUGAGGAGUAUUGAUACAAUCAGUCUCACCAGCAGCACAAGUGCCACAAGUACAGGGCAACAAUCAACAGGAAGUUCAGUGUCUCGUCGAUCAUCUGGUAGGAGAACAUUCCGUGGUAAACAGCAACAAAAACCUGAAUUUCCUAAAGUUACAGUGACGGAUGAAUAUGACACCGUGUCCAUGGAUAGUGGGGUGACAGAUAGAUCUGUAGAAGAUGACAAACUAAUGACUGACAUGUCUACGUUGCAUGGGGGUUCUGUAUCUAACGAAGAUGCUAAAUCUAUAUCGGGUGGUAAAGAAAACAGAGGAAAUCUUGAGUUUUCGAUUCUUUAUGAUCCACUCAAAUGUGCUCUCCAAGUUGAACUUAUCAGAGCUAAGAAUCUGAUUGCAAUGGACGCAAAUGGGUUGUCUGAUCCAUAUGUCAAACUUCAUCUUCUGCCAGGGGCUACCAGGGAUAAAAAAGCAGAUGCAACUAAGCUUCGAACCAAAACUAAAAACAAGACUCUUAAUCCUGUGUUUGAUGAAACUUUAACAUACUUGGGAGUAUUAGAGCAUGAACUUGCUACAAGACAAUUGCUGCUAACAGUGCUGGAUGAGGACAGGUUUGGCCAUGAUUUUAUUGGAGAAGUAAUUGUACCAUUAAAAAGUGUUGUUGCUACUCAAAAGAAGACAUACUCCUUGCCUCUGCGAUCUUCUUAUGCCUUGAAAGAAAAAGAAAAGAAUCCAAUUGAUCCUGGUCGACUUUAUCUCGGUCUUCGUUAUUAUACAAAUGAACAUUAUCUUUCUGUAAGAAUUCAUCGAUGCACCAGUCUAGUACCAAAGAAAAACAGCAAUGAUAAUGUGAAUGCUUUUGUCAAAGCAACAUUAACCAUGGAUGAUAAUCGAGUAUUCACACAAAAGACAGAAGUGAAAAAGAAAACUCAAAAUCCAGUAUUUGAUAAAGAACUGAAGUUCAAGGUUUCACCAGAAACUGGGCAGGCUGAUUUAGCUCGCGGAUCGCUGUUGGUAUCGGUUAUGAAUAAGGGCCAAGAUGUUAUUGGUUCAGUAGAACUCAGUAUCAAUAGUAAGGACGAAGCAUUGAAGCAAUGGUAUAAUUGCCUGAAGAGUAAAGAUCAGCAAUUCAACUCAUGGCAUAUAUUGUCUAAAUGAAGCAAUACAAUCUAUAAAUUUUCAUGACAAAUAAUCUAUAGUUCAGGUCUUAAUGUAAGAUUUCACCAGAAGUGCCUGAUUUUUUUGUUGGUAUUCAUUGAAUUAUGAUGCAACGAUAGCAAUAUAUAUUCAUUAGCAUUGACAGCAUUGAAUUUUUUUUAUAAUUUAUUCAGUUUGAAAGCACUGAUUUUUGAUUUAUCAGUUUCUUUUCUGGCCUGACACAGUAUGAUGUAGUUAUAUUCCAUUCCAAUAUGUUUUUCUUUUUUCUAACGCAAUUGUUCAUUAGUGCUGCUUGCUGUCAUAGCUCUAGUGCAGGUGGUCAAUGCAUUUUAGCGGAAAAUCUUAUUAAAGAUUUCCAAUUUGUAUCUUCUUAACAAAAAAGGCAAACAACAUAAUAAUGUUCAUAUAGGCAUCACUCUAUUCAAUUUCAAAUAUGAGUAAUAUUUCGAUAUAUAUCCCACAAGGAUCUGAUUUCUAUAUGAAGCACAAUGUUUUUAUGUGUCUGAAAAUUUUGAUAUCUUGUUUUUCUUUAUUUUUAUGCAUUUUAGCAAUAUAUGGGCACUUCAAGCUCCAGAUGAAUAAAUGCAAGGUUUAAUCAUGUCUCAUAGCUUUCAUUUAAUGUAUUUGCACAUAUAUUCAUAAGUACACACUUUCAUUUUAUUUUUCAGCAUCAAUAACAUUUUUGUAUUCAGUUAUUCAUAAACGAAGGUAUUAACAAAUGUACUUUAGAAUGACAGGUGUACAGACAGUACCAUGGCAAACCAGUGUAUUCUUACUGUAUUUAGCAUUCUUAUCACUGUCUAUUUAAUCAUCGUGUGGUUGGGAGGCUUCAUUUACUUUAUCAUAAUCUGAAAAGAAAUAUAUCAUUCCAAACAAACUACAGUAA